AAUGCAAUAAUUCAAUACCUACAACACCGCACUAUCAAACACCACCGUUUUCAUUCAUCGUACAAUAUUGACGCACACGUAUAGAAUACGGAAAUCCCCCCAAUAAACGGAAAUUCGUUUUAAUUCCUCUAAUAAUAGGGUUAAAAGUGGACCAGCGGGAUGGAGUAUUUCGUCGUCGCACGCAAAAACGAUUUUCCCUCCAACGCCGGGCUACGUCAGUUCGUAGCCAUCUUCGGACGAAGCAACACGCUACGCGCGACGCCAUUUUGGAAAUCCAUUUCCACUAAUUCUAAUACAAAAACCCCGCCCGCACGCAUAAAAACCCGGUGCUUUGUGUGGUUAAAACCUAGUGGCUAAAUUGGAGUGUUCAAUUUGUGUGUCAGUGUUUUUUCUGUGGUGACUUAUCUCUGGAGGUGAUUGUGAGAUAAUACACGAUCUCGGACGACUUUCGUGGAUUUUUCGUAUAAAAAGGAUGCGGAAAGAAAUAUGAUUGAGGCCGGUCGUCACGCGAUUCUAGCCGGCCAGUGCUGAGCUGCCACAGAGUAGCGGCGGUGUUGGCGCCGUGUCACCUCGAUGAUAUCCUGUGUGCGUUGUGACAGCUGACAUGAGCUGCAAGCUGUCAUGUCAACCAAGAAGCAUUCGCCGCAGCCGAAGCGGUCAGAAGCGCUGAGCGGUCGACUCUCCAAGUCGGCAUCAGAGCUGUCUUGCGCUCCAGGCUCGCCCCCCGCACCCCCCCGCGCCCGCUCCGCGCAUCACCACCACGCGCCGCUGUCCGUGGUGCAUAGGACGCAACACUUCUUCACUAGCCUUAAGUCGCGAUGGCAGCGCAGCCGGAGCCGGGAGCGAUGCCCCGCCGGCACCUCGCUGACGGUGGCCCCUGGAGACAGCAGCGGCACCGAGUAUGCAGCUGACCAUAGCUCGGAGCAAAGCACGCCGGCUAACUCACCACGACAUCGAGGGAAACGAGAGCUGUCGAUGACUCGUCAAGUGUCGACGGACCCGGCGCCGUCCACGUCGGGCACCCCCGCGCACCACCCGCGCUCCGCCGCCGACCUGCUGCUGGAACCUGAUGAAGGCCAGAGACAAAGGGAGCACCAGCUGAGGUUAUACUCGUUCUUCCAACUCCGUGUCCAUUUGAAAAGAGGAAUAAACUUGGUGGCCAUGGACAAGAAUGGCUUGUUGUCAGGCACCAGCGACCCCUACGUCAAGUUCAAGAGUGGAGGAAGACUGCUGCACAAAUCCAAGAUUAUAUAUCGGGACCUGAAUCCGGUGUGGGAUGAGAGUUUCACCGUGCCGAUUGAAGAUCCGUUCCAACCGGUUCAGAUUAAGGUGUUCGACUACGACUGGGGCCUCCAAGACGACUUCAUGGGCUCCUGCCUAGUAGACCUCACUGCCCUGGAGCUGGGCCGGGGGCAGGACCUGGCGCUAUGUCUGCGCGACCCCGCCAAGCCGGCGGCGGCCCUGGGCGAGCUGCUGCUCCACGUCACGCUGUGGCCCAAGUCGCAGGAGGAUAAGGAACAGUACCUCCUAAAGAACACUAAGCUGAGCGACGUGAACAAGCGGCUCAAAGCCCAGAUCUGGAGCUCGGUGGUCACCAUCGUGCUGGUGGAAGCCAAGAACCUGCCAGCCAUGGACCUGGACACCAGGUCCAGCGACCCUUAUUGUAAGUUUAGGUUAGGCAACGAGAAGUACAAAAGCAAGGUGGUCUGGAAAUCCCUCCAUCCGUCAUGGCUGGAGCAGUUCGACCUUCACCUCUAUGAUGACCAGGAGCAAGUUCUGGAAGUCUCUGUGUGGGACAAGGACAAACAGACGAAGGACGACUUCUUGGGACGAUGUCAAAUAGAUCUCUCGAAGCUCGAGCGCGAAAUAACCCACAACAUCUGGCAAGACCUCGAGGACGGGAACGGCCAGAUCUUCCUUCUCCUCACCAUCAGCGGCACCACCCAGUCGGAGACCAUCACGGACCUGACCAGCUAUAGAGAGAACCCCAGGGACCGGGAGAUCAUUGAGAGGAGAUAUGCGUGGUACCGUCUCAACGAGACCGCGAGCGGCGUGGGCUGGCUCUGCGUCAAGGUGUACGGGGCCAAGGGUCUCGCUGCAGCGGACCUGGGAGGGAAGUCUGACCCGUUCUGUGUGCUGGAGCUGGGCAACGCGAGGCUCCAGACGCACACGGAGUACAAGACUCUGACGCCGAACUGGAUGAAGAUCUUUACUUUUACAGUGAAAGACAUAGCCUCAAUCCUGGAGAUCACAGUCUACGAUGAGGACUCAGACCACAAGGUGGAGUUCCUGGGCAAGUUGGCGCUGCCACUGCUCACCAUCAGGAAUGGGGAGAAGAGAUGGUACGCGUUGAAAGACAAGAAGAUGAGGGCGCGCGCGAAGGGGAACUGCCCGCAGAUCCUGCUGGAGAUGUCCGUCAUCUGGAACCCUCUGAAAGCAGCAAUCAGAGCGAUAAACCCGGCUGAGCCGAAGUACAUGCACCAAGAGGCGAAGUUCAAGAGGCAACUGUUCAUCAGAAACGUGAUGAGGCUCAAAGCGAUCAUCAUGUGGUUCAUAGAAGUUGGCAAGAUUUUACAAGACUGUUUCGAGUGGGAGUCCAAACUGCUCUCAUUUCUCGGCGUGAUGGCGUGGCUGGUGUUCUGCUACUACUACGAGCAGUGGAUGCUGCCCUUCAUCAUUCUGCUGUUCUUCGCGAGAAACUGGCUUAUUUACCGGCUCACUGUGCGAAUUAAACUUUUGUACCGGGAAUUUAUGAACGAUCCGGACUUGUUUCUUCAUAAUUUAAUUAGAGGAAAUCCACUGUUGAUACCGGUAGACGAUGAGGACCUACUAGCUGAAGAGGAUGAUGAGGAUGAAGAGAAUAAGGAGGAGAAGAAAUCGCUGAAGGAGCGACUGCAGGCGAUACAGGAGGUCACUCAGACUGUGCAGAACGCCAUCGGAUACGUCGCCAAUUUAGGGGAAGCUGUUAAAAAUUUAAUGAACUUCACGGUGCCAUAUCUUAGUUAUUUAGCAAUAAUAAUGUUGAUCGGAGCCAUGGUGGUCGUCUACAUCAUACCGCUCAAGUACUUACUCAUGGCUUGGGGUGUAAAUAAGUUCACUAGGAAAAUAUUAAGACCCCACACGAUACCCAAUAACGAAGUUUUAGACUUAUUGUCCAGAGUUCCGGACGAUGAGACUCUGCUGGACUGCAGAGAGCUAAAGCACCCCAACGAGCACAGACGCGACGCGAGGAAGAAACACAAAGUGUCGUAGCAAAGCCCCGUCGUGGUCCAACGCAGGAUCAAGACUUACCUCAAUAGAGUCAAAGACAGAAUAUGCGAGAGCACUGAAGAAGAAGUGUUUUAAACACGGCAGAAUGGCGGGUUUUUUUAAGGAAAAAAUUGGGAAAUUAGUCGAAAAAAGGUUAGAGCAUCCCGAAUUUGGAGUUUUAUAUCGAGUUCUUAGUUAGAGAACCUGCAGAAAACAAGUUUUUUUGGUUGAUUUUAAAGGCAUUUUUUUGUUAAAUGCCUUCAUAAUCAACCUUGUUAAAAUAUUUUAAUGUUUUUAGAUCUGUUUCUUUUUUAUAAAACACUGGUGGUUUUGUAAAAUAAUUGUUAAGUAUUAUUUUUUGUAUAACGGUAAAAACACCUCUCACAAAAUCAUUGACAUAGGUUAGAUAGCUUAUACUUUGUUGUGUGUUUGAUCCAAUCCGACGUUAC